CAGAUCAACUGACUUCCGGUCCAAGAGUUUGUAAACAAUGAAAGGAGAUAUGGAGUCGUCAAAAGGUCUUACCUAAAAAUAUUGCCCUGUACAGGCCAUAAUAACUGCAUAUUAUAUGUCACGCAUACCGGGCACACCCGCGAGGAUUAAACCAACCGGGAAGUGAACGUUUACCAGGAUUACGGCUUUUUAAAACGUCUUUUUUUGUGUGUGAAAAUCGAAAGCGUUGGCUGGCGAGGCGUUUGUUUUUCUACAUAGACAGACACCAGACACAACGGGCUUCAGAGAGGACGACCCGUGAACAGAACUGAGUCUUUUAAAGGCCGCAUAGGCGUCUAUUUGGUGGGUCUGUUGUGCCGUUUAGGGUCAGCUCAAUGGGGAACUGUCUGUCUUCUCAAGGCGCUGAUGAUCUGUCCCUGUUGAACGAGUCCGAGGGGGCGAGUCUGCCCGGAGAGCCUCCGCCACCCUACCAGGAGCAGGUGCAGGUGCCAGUGUACCAUCCCACGCCCAGUCAGACACGCCUGGCCACUCAGCUGACGGAGGAGGAGCAGGUCCGUAUCGCUCAGCGCAUCGGCCUCAUCCAACACCUGCCCCGUGGGAUCUUCGACCCGGGCUCUGAACCCUCCGACAAGAAGAUCAAAGAGUGUGUGAUCUGCAUGAUGGACUUUGAGUACGGCGACCCGAUCCGGUUCCUGCCCUGCAUGCACAUCUAUCACGUGGACUGCAUUGACGCCUGGCUCAUGCGCUCCUUCACCUGCCCUUCCUGUAUGGAGCCGGUCGACGCUGCACUGCUGUCUUCCUACGAGACCAACUGAGAGUGCCUGCGCAUACCGAGGGACAUGCCAAUGAUAAUGCAAUGAACACGCUGGGGACAGUAGAAUGAACAAAUGAAGGUGGCGUGACUGUGUGUGUGGACAGACUGUAAAAACAGGAUCCAGUGUUCCAUUUAAGAGGCCUGUCACUUGCAUGUCAAAGCGCUUUUCGGACACGUAUACAUGUGUGCAAGUUUCGCAAAAUGAAAAACACACAGUCGAUUUAAAGAGCCGUUUAGGGUUCGAAUGAAUCAAUUGUGUACUUUAUUCUUUUUUUCCUUCUAAUCGAAUUCAUUAAAUGUGCAAUCGCGUCCCUCUGAUUGGAUUUGAAACCAGCCCAUUCCGCCAAUGAGAUUGUCCCUUUGUGAAUUUGACAGGUCCGGUGGGCGGAGUUUGAUUUCUGCUGGCUCUGAAAUUAGAAUGCUGAAAAAACUUGAUUUACAAGAGAACGUGUGCCAUGAUAAUGUUUUUGUCAUUACUUGCAAGCUCGUGAUGCACUAACAGGUGUCUGAGGAGGUAGUUUACAGAUUUUUCUAUUCUCUGUCCCUGAUCACUAUGGAUAGAUGCACUCAAAUAGCGUAAUAAAUGACCUGUGUGUCGUGAUGCAUCGUUUUGUGUUCAUAACGAGGUCGGUGAUUAAGUUGUGUAUUGGUAGACUCUGAGUUUUGCCUUGUCAGCUGCUGUUUUCCAGGUUCUGGGAUGUAAGUUGCCUUUUUACACUGGUUUUUGGAUCAUCUUUACUCUAAAUGCUUGUUUUUUUUGGUUACAUGUUGGAUCCUGUGUGUCCCCAUUUAGCUUUGCCUUGACCUCGCCUUGUCUGUUUGGAUAGAACUGUGGGGACUGUAUUUAGUCAUUUUCCUUUCUUUAUUUUUUACGAGAAUAAUAAUGAUACAAUCCCUAAACUUUGUGCACCUUUCAAAUGUUGCUGCCUGAAAGGCUUUAAAGUUGUUUCUUGUUGUUUUCCUGAUUCGUUGCAACUCGAAAACCUUUUUUUUUCUGAAAUUAAAAAAAUAGUACAUGUUUGAGUCAGUUUUGAUACUGUUCAAAAUUUCUUUUCUGUAUGUUAGCUGAAUAUAUGACCUUAUACCUGUCACAGUUUGAACUGCUUGUGCAUAAAGUUAGAUUUUCAUCUUUGUUGUUUAGUUUGCCCUGUUAUGGUGCUGGCUUAAUCAUGUUAAACAGACUGAACAGUGUUAAAAACCCCCAUGUUUGGCCUCAGACUACAUUCACAAAACAUCCCAUUCUGCUCAAGCCUCCCUUUGUAUCUUUGUACUGAAUCAUUGUGACUUAAAAUGUGAUUGAAUUCCAAAAACAGCAUCUGAAAAUCUUGAAAUCGACGUAUACUGCUCUGUGCUCUUAGAUAUAUUGGAUGAAUACCGUACUUAAUUUUAUUCCCUGUUGUCAGAUUCAGAAUUGAAACGUAGCUCUAGCACAAUACAAAUGUAAAAACAGAUGUAAUAAAUAUGUGAAGUACAAUCAUCACAACAUUAUAUUUUGUUUCACAAUAAAAUGAAUUUAAUUUUUAAAAAAGAGUUGCUUGGUGCCAUGUAAAUGUACAUUUGCCAACAAAAGAUAACAGACAUGCUAUUAAAAGAUAUGUUUUGUUCAUGUGCAAUAAUGGCACAAGAAUAGGAUUAUAACACAAUAAAGGUUGCCAAAUUCUUCAAA